AUGAGUUCGCAGACAGCAGCAAAACCCGACACCAAACCAACCUCACCAUCAUCAACAACAACUACCACAGUCGCAAAAACAACAGGAUCAGGAGGAUCGACAACCGCCCUCACUCGAACCCGCCCAGUCUACAAAUCAAACAUCCCCGCUCCUGCACCGCAAGUCAUUCUAGAGGAAGAUGACUACAUCGAGGCCCUCAGCAAGAUCAUCGAGCGCGACUUCUUUCCUGACCUCGCUCGACUCAAACGACAGCAUGCCUACUUGGACGCCGUCGAACAGAAUGACUCGGAGCGCAUUCAGGCUGCUGCGAAGGAGCUUGCAGGAAACGACACUCCACUUGCAAAGAGACGGCUGAAGACACCAGGUGAGGACAACGAAGCCCGAACGCCAAGAUUCGAUCGCGCAGGACUGCCUAAUGAAUCAUGGACGCCAGCCCGUUUGGACGGAGCACAGGCAACACCUUCGUGGGGCGACCACGAGCCACCCACCCCAGCAUUUCUAGGACCCAUUGAUACACCCAUGGCGGAGACACCAUCACAGAGCAAUUUGAAGAGCAAGAGUGAGGAGGAUACGGCCCAGGAUGCCAUUGACACAACAUUAUCACUGGACCAGUUUCAGAUGCGAUACACCAGCGAGGACAACGCAUCAUUCGACGAGAUCAUCGAAAAGAUCAACGCCCAGAAGAAGGAAAAGUUCAAGUGGCUGUACGACCUGGAGAAAAAGAGUAUACGACUCCUGGAGAACGGCAACAACAACCAGGAACAGAGAUUGUUGCGGGAGGCUGGAGAGACUGGCGAGGGCAGCAGUAGCAGUCAGGCCCUUGUUCACGUUGGAGAUGGCAGCAAGCAGGACGGUCCAUCCAAACUCGAAUUGGCUCUGGCCGACAAUCGUUCCGGAGUGAUCUCGACUUGGGAAUACAAGGCCAAGAAUUCGUUGAUGUACGCUCCCGAAGGUCUUGGAACAAACCUGGACGAGAAGUCGAUCCGUGGCAACCCAAAGGAGAUCGUUCACAGGAACACCAGCUUCCAGGGACAGGAUUUGUUGAUAGUCAACCAAACAGCAGCAGCAAAGUUUGACCCGGCACCAUAUAUGAAAGGCAACAGUGUCACGGACACGCCCAAGGUUGCAGGGUUCAGUUUUGUCUCUUCAACACCCUCGCCAAGUAUGUCCACGAUUGGAGACGACCCAGAAAUGAUGACAUGGGGGACCAUCGAGGAUGAGCCACUGUUGAUCAGCUCAGGAGUACAAUCAUCAGGACCAUCGCCUUUCAAGCUGCCGCCAACCCCUCGCCGUGAACUCAUUGCUCAAAAGUUGUCCGAGAAGGCGUCCAAGAGCUUCAGAGCGGGCUCGUCAUUACGCGCCAAAGUAUUUGCUUCUCCAUCGGCUUCUGCACUCGCCCAGUACCGGGAAUCCAUGGGCGGUACGACCCCGACACCUCGAUUCAACUCACCAUACGGAGUCACGUCACCAGCGCCAUAUAACAAGACGCCAGGAGGACCGAGUUCACAGCCGACUCGCUUGGGCAGUCCCAACCCCAGAGCCAGAGCAGAGAUGUUGUCACCAGCAGCCAGAAGCUUACUGGACAAGACACGAAGCAAGCGUGGUACCGACCACCAGCAGCUUCGCUCUUCAUACGGAAACGCAACUCCAGAUGGCUCAGAAUCGAUCUGUGCGAUCUGCAAGAAACCUUGCGAGUGUAUCAAUAUCCCCGAGAACGUGUUUCAGGAACAGAACUUCACGAAGCUGAUCAACCAUCUGCAGGCCAGGACAAAGAGGCAAAACGAGGUUCUGAUGAAGGCUCGCACUGAGUUGUUGAACAUGAAGGCUAUGAAGAGUGAGAACCAGACACUCAAAGAAGAGAACGAGAAGCUCAAACUGCAGAUACAGGAACUACAGAGGCAUCAGAGCGGUAGUGGCGGUAAUGGUGGUCAUGGAAGCGGUGCUCCUAUCACGCCGGUAACGCCUCAGAUCAGAGUGAUGAACCCACCUGCAGACCGCGUUCAACCUCUGACCUCUUCGCGCGACAACCAACGACUGUCUGGUCGCGAAAAGCCAGCCAUAGCCAAGAAAGCGCACGAACCUCCGCCAAAUCCUCGUGCUGAAGGAGAAUGUGACGCCUCGUCCGCCUCCGGCUACCGGACGAAUCUCACUGGUACCCCACCAACAACUUGGCUUCAUGUCACCACGGUUGACAUUGACACACCAACUAAACGACGCGUCGGUCUCCAGCAAGCUCCUGGUCUUGGAGAUCAUAUCGCUGCUGUUCCUGGCGUGCACAAUGGAUAUGGAUACAAAAUGGCGCCAGUGCCGGUGCAGGGGUUGAAUCAGGGGCAUGUUUACCCGACAGCGCAACCUUCGUGGCCGUCAACGUCUGGUUUGCCGCAGGCUGGUAUGGGAUAUCAGGUGAUACUAGGCGCGGGGCAGGCACAUAGUGGUGGCGUGAUGGCGCAUGAUCCUUUGAUCCGAAUGCGGGGCGCGGCAUCCGCGGCGAGGACUACUUGGCAACAACAACAGCAGCAGCAACAACAACAACAACAACAACAACAACAGCAGCAACAACUGCGAUUACAACAGCAGCAGCAACUUCAGCAGCCACAGUACGGGUACCCAAGGGCUCCGAAAUCAGCAGUACCGCACCCUGUCGUACCAAGGACGCAUUAUGGAUAG